UCUUUACGGCAGGCCGCAUUUCAUGCCUCCAAUAUGGCGUCCCCCAUGUAGGCACUGGCUGUGGUGUCUACCGUAGGUGGCCAGUGUAGUUCUGAGCAGCCACUAGGGAUAUGCCAGUCUGCGCUGCAGAAGCAGCAAACUUUACUCCUGGCUACGGCUCUAGAAAGCCACACUUCUCUGAGGGUUUGGAAUUACCGUUUCCUUUUAGAUUCUAAAAGUUUCUCCUCAGCCCUUGUUUGUUUCUUGUGUCAUUUCUGGACACCUUUCUCAGGUCCCUGACCCUCUCAGACUUAAACUAUGAGCCUCCGGCAGCUGCUGUUGCGCUUGUCCGGUUAUCUCGGGGCUUCUGGUCCCCCAAAUCGCCACUGGUGGUACUUCAGAUCUCUCGACACCAUCUCCUCGGUAGGCUCCUGGCGUGGUCGGUCCUCCAGGUCUCCAGCCCAUUGGAACCAGGUGGUGUCAGAGGCAGAGAAGAUCGUGGGUUACCCCGCAUCCUUCAUGAGCCUCCGCUGCCUGCUGAGCGACGAGCUCAGCAACGUCGCUAUGCAGGUGCGGAAGCUGGUGGGGACUCAGCACCCACUGCUUACCACUGCCAGGGGCUUCGUGCAUGACAGCAGACAUAACCUACAGCUGCGGGGCCUGGUGGUGCUGCUCAUUUCCAAAGCGGCGGGGCCCAGCACUAGGAACUCUUCCAGUCAGAACUACGACAUGGUCAGUGGGAUAUACUCAUGUCAAAGAAAUUUGGCAGAGAUCACAGAACUUAUACAUACUGCUCUCCUGGUGCAUCGUGGGAUAGUAAACCUAAGCGAAUUACAGUCUUCUGAUGGACCACUGAAAGACAUGAAGUUUGGAAACAAGAUAGCUGUCCUGAGUGGAGACUUCCUCCUAGCAAACGCCUGUAAUGGACUAGCUCUUCUACAGAACACCAAGGUUGUGGAGCUCCUAGCAAGUGCUCUGAUGGACUUGGUGCAAGGCAUCUACCAGGAAAACUCUGCUUCCACCCAGGGAAAUCCUAUCCCAGAUGACAUCAGAAUAUCGACCUGGAAGGAGCAGACUUUCCUAUCCCACUGUGCCUUGCUAGCGAAGAGCUGCAAGGCCGCCAUGGAGUUAGCGAAGCAUGACGCUGCGGUCCAAGACAUGGCGUUUCAAUACGGAAAGCACAUGGCCAUGAGCCACAAGAUAAAUUCUGACCUCCAGCCUUUUAUUAAAGACAAGGCCAGUGACUCUAAGACUUUUAACCUAAACUCGGCACCCGUAGUCUUACAUCAGGAGUUUCUCGGGAGAGAUUUGUGGAUUAAGCAGAUUGGAGAGGCUCAAGAAAAAGGAAGGUUGAACUACACUAAGCUGCCAACCCAGCGUCAAGUACCGCUACCCGCUCAGUGCUGGAGGGAAGGCUGCCACCUACUGACCUGCAGGAAUUCCUGGGCAUGCCGGGACUGGUGCAGAAGCCUCAGACCACACUCUGGUUUGCCAUGGCAACUUACAUGCAUGUCCAAGAGAAGACGAUAUGUUGACUGCUCUAGCUUAGAAAAACAUCUACAAACGUCUGCGUAUUUUCCCCAUCUGGAGCUGAGCGUAUGCCUGCAGUUGAGCCCCACUGCUCCUUGAAAGAAGCCGCUGCUAAAAGACCAAGGCAGAUGGUAUUUCUACUGCUUCAGGCAAAACAUGGCACCUAUGGUUCGACUUUCUACGAUUUCAAUUUUUUAACAUUUUCAAGAUGGCUUGUUUAAAUAUCUCCGCCGCAGAGACACAGACUUGUCCCCCGACUCCUUUUAAGCCAUUGUUCCAGCUCUACGAAUCUCAUUUGCUCAGAACCACGUCUGAGGCGCUGUGCGGUCGGCCUUCUGUUCGCGCUCUCCCGGGAGCCCGAGUGUAGUGAGUGCUACGCUUGCUGAUUUACACAGAGACCGUGGGUGCUGGCUCCUUCUCCACUCCCCCUGCUUUAACUCAGUCUGCAUUUCUUGUCGUUGGCUGUGACUCAGUACAGGAGUGUGGUUUGUUCUGUUCCGUUUCCCACUUUUUGAGGCAUUCAUUCCUGCUUUUAUUAUUUGUGGGUGAGAGAUGUGUGAGUGCAGACACGUGCACGGCGCACACCUACGUGAAGUUCUGAGGGAUAAGUCCUCUCCUUCCAGGGUAGGAUCCAGGAUUGAAUUCAGGUUGUCAGGAUAGCAUUUUACCCACCAAGCCAUCUCUCCAACCCUGGUUUGUAUUUUAAGAUUUAUUUGUUUUAUUAUUUUAUUUGCACGCAUGUCUCACCUGCAUGUAUGUAUUACCACAUGGGUGCUUAGGGAGUUUGAUACCCAGGAACUGGAAUUACAGGAGGUCGUGGACCACCCAGUAUGGGUGUUGGGACUGGGAUCCUCUGGAAGAGCAGAAUGCAUUUGUGGGGGUGUGGGCGUUCACUGUGUAGCCCUGGCAGUCCUCGACUUACUCUGUAGACAAGUCUGGCCUCAAACUCACAGAGAAUCUCGUGCCUCUGCCUCCCGAGUGCUGAAAUUAAAGGUAGGCACAGAAUGAUUCAUGACUGCUGAGUCCCGAUGUCCUCCUGGGAGGGCACCCUAAACACAGUGCCUCACAGACGAGCGUGUGGUGGAGGAAGGUCCUGCAGAUACUCUCUUUAGGCUUGUUUUUCCCAGUCACAGGCAAGAGAGAUCCUGAGGAUGGCCGAUGGAGCUCAUGCUGUCUCCCAGGAUUGACUCCUGGUUCCAGGAUGGCAGGCUCCAGUCUCCUCUCGAGAACCAGUGCCUGGUGGCUGGUGCCCUCUUUUGCCCUCUUUUGCCCUCUUAACCCCCAGAAGUCCCUGAGCAUUUGCUAUUAUAAGACACAUUUGCAUAAAGUGCACAUUACCAGCAAAGAUGUGCACCAACAUUAGCAUUCACAUGAUCACGUCAGCACUGGCUUUGAGAGCGUCCCCCAAGGCUUGCCUUGUGCCCAUUUCUUCUCUCUAUUGUCCAUAAAUGCCUCGGUGGUGGUGUUACAAACCGAGUGCCAAAUCCUCUUUUUUUUUUUUUAAUUUGAGUAUUGAAAAGAAUAUAUACCAUAGUUGUCUUUAUACACGAGUCUGUCCAUUCACUCACUCGUGUGGUUAUUUAUUUCUGUGGCACCUUCCCCACACCCUAGCUAGCCGCCUCUGAGAAGCUGACAACGUUGGCACAGUUAGGUCCUCUCUUGUCUAAGGCAGAUGCUGCUCCUCCCAACCUGGGAUUUCGUAUUAGCAUCUCCCGUAAAAAAUUCCACACAGCAUCACUGCAGGCACGGAGUCUCCUCCAGGCUCCUGACGACGCCUUACCACUAGCUCUCCUCUUAAUGACUGAUGAUUAUGGAGACUGCCGAGCUGCCCUGACCUUCUCUGUCCUCUCUUGCUCCUGAAGGACUUGCCAUGCAGGAG